UUUAAAGUUGCUUUUAAAUUUCAAAAAUUCCCGACCUAAGUUAAUAAUGGGAAAAGCGUGAUAGCGUUAUCGAUAUGUUCAAUAACGUAAGCCACCCCUGGCGUACAAGUGUAUUCGAUAACGUAUGUGCCUAAUCGAUAUCGAGAUAUACAAAUUGUAUACUUCCUCCCCAAAAAGAAAACAUCACGGAAAAAUGCGACGCCGCGAACUGCAGACCAUCCAGCUGAAACUGUCCGAUCUCAAGGAGUACGAGCAGGCCAAAAUGGAACGCUUGAGGAGCCGCCAACAAUUGCUAACUCCCCGGACGCCCACGCCCCCCUCCGAUAGCGAGGUACUGCCGGCGACCUCCAGUAGCGUUCCAGCUGUUCUGUUGGCCAGCGGUAAGAGCGUGAACGAUGACGCCGACAGGUCGGAGCCCACAACCAAGCCCAGCACAUCCUCCACCUAGGAUCUAUCGUUGAUCAAGCAAGGGGACUUCAACACUUUAAUCGUCACUACCUCAAUGGAUGAUGCACGUAGUUUCUAAAAUCAUAUUUCUUAAUUUACACCGUAACAAUAACUUGAGCUUUUCGCGCAAUGCAAGCGAAAUUCGAAUCGAUCGUGGAAGUCCACUAAUAUAUUUUAGCUAUAUUUAAUACGGCACCACGAUUAUUCGGCGCCAAACAGCCAGACUGUUAAAUAUAAGAAUUCUAAAAAAUAAACAAAACCGUAUUUCAUUCCUGGGCGACUUCAGCUUGCCACACACACGGCCACAAUGGUACGCAAUUAAAAUAUUUUCGACACUGUUCGGAGGAUUUUUCGCCCGGUGCAAAAUUGGAAAUGCGAGUGCCGCCGACGAUGUUCACCUCGCGACGACCGACUGCCGACUGACCGUCUGGGAACCUCGUCCGUCUGUGGGGAGCAAACAAAUUGAUUUUCCAUUUAGUGGCUUCUGCCCCAGCAUCGCCUCCGUCCCCGGGACCUCGCCGAUGGCCAGAUACUCUGCGUUCUCGUGAAUUGAUUAGGCGAUCGCUUGAUUUCUGCGGGACUGUGAGCCAGUUAAGAAGCUUAUGCAAUGGCCAGCAGUCGGUAAAUGCGAGGAAUUCCAUUCUAUUCCGUUUCAAUCUUUCCUCUUUGGCGCAGUGCAGCCAUUUCGAUAUUUAUGGGCUCCAUCUCCAUCUCCAGCUCCAGCUCCUGCCAAACCACCAGCUGAUCCCAGUGGCUCAUAAAAACAGCUGACUCCAAUUAGCCACAUGGCACCGGUACCGGUACCGGCCACUCGGACUCUCCUCUCCGCACGCACAUGGACAGCUCGAAAUCAAGGCAGGAGAAUUCCCAUGCAGACUUAAGCGAUUAAGUUUAACGAGCCGGCAAUGCGGAGUUUCGGAGAGCGAAGAAUGUACUGGGACAAGAAGCUGGAGCUCCGUGCCAAAUCGCAGUAUUCAGGCUAAAGUGAAUUCUAGACAAAGUAUAUCGAAAAGUGGCUAAGAAAUGUAAAUUGCAUUUUAAAAUAAAAUAUAAAGUAUGUGCUGCAAAGUAAAACCAA